AUGCCUCGCGAGGUGCCGGAAAGCAGUGGAGGAGCGCUACCCCGACGGUCAGCGCCCCCAGAGGAAGUCAUCACCGGCAGCAGCACGCCAGCGAGAGUCAGCGGAGGGUUAUGGCAAACCUCAGCCGCAUGUCCCCAGCAGCUUUCGUGGAAUGGGCUGUCAGCGUGGAGGAUUACGGCCUCAUCUGCGGAUGGGCCACCGCCCCUCUCCGCUUCUGAUGCGAGACAUCUUUGCAGCAGUGAUGUCCAGGAGCGCAUCGACGCCCGUAUCGACAGGCAAGAUUUCAAGAAGCUCUCAACACCAGCAGCAGUGGGCAUGGUGAGAAUCGUAGUGAUCGGCCCACGGUACAAAGUGGGAGCACGGGCAGAUUUUUUUACGUAUACCCAGUCAGCAGGGGAUAGUGUUGCCGCAUAUGUAUCUAAGUGUCGUGCGAUGGCCGGAGAGUGCAGUUUCCAGUGCCCUGAAUGCAAUAGGUCAUUGACUGAGUAUAUGUUAUGCAGAAAAGUAAUUAUGGGGCUGAUCGUCGCCGACCACAAGGCCCUCGCCAAGAUCUUCGGCCACAGAGAACUUACAGACAUCAAUAACCCCCGACUCCUUGACCUGAAGGAGAGGACAUUAAUGUAUAACUUUCGUGUCAAGUACGUGCAUGCUCCCUCUCAACCCGCGGAAGGACUCAUGCCCACGCCUCCACCUCAGUAUCCAUUCCAGCAAGUGGUGGCGGAUCUAUUCCAUCUAGACGGCAACUCGUACAUUGCCAAUGCAGACAGGCUGACAGGCUGGUUGGAGGUGGAACACAUUUCAGGAGAGGCCACCAGCUCCCGCCUCAUCAGUGCUUUCCGUCAAUGGUUCAGGAGACUAGGCAUCCCCAAGAAGCUAUCAUGCGACGGAGGCACUAACCUCACCAGUCAUGAGUCCAGAAGCUUCUUCAGCGCCUGGUGCGUCAUGCUAAGGAUCUCCUCAGCACACUACGCCCAGUCAAAACGCGUAGAGGCGGCAGUCAUGUCGGCGAAGAGGCUGCUAAGAGGUAACAUCUCCCAUGGAGGCUCCCUGGACACCGACGCCAGGGUGCUUAUGCAAUACCUAUACACGCCCCUUCAAGGGUCGGACACGUCCCCAUCGCAGCUGCUGUUAGGCAGGCAACUACGGGACGCCAUGCCAGUGGAAAAAUCACGAUACCUAAUCGGCGAGCAACGGGGAUUGAUGCUACGUGAAAGGGAACGUGCCAUGAACCUCUCUGCACCAAACUCAUCGCUUCGUCAUGACCAGACAGCCCAUAACCUUCCCCCUCUUGUUGGGGCUGGACGGCAGCGGCAGAGCCACGACCAGAAACAGACGCCAGCUUCGCCCGCGAGGUAG